AUGGAAUUGGACGACUGCCUCUUCACAGACAACAUGGCUGAAUUUGGAGGGGCGGUGUACGCUGAGACGACAACAAGAGUACGAAUCGAGAAAAGCUUCUUUGUACACAACGGAGCAAGCGACGGAGGAGCCUUAUUUAUUACUAAAGGAGCGAAGGUGGGAAUGAAGAAUAGCACAUUUCUCGAAAACAGGGGCUCUGGCGAUGGCGGAGCGAUGAAGAUUCGGGGGCGCGCAACGGUGGACAUGGAAACAUGCACCUUCAGCCACAACGUUGCCAAGCAGAGUGGCGGGUCUAUCAGUUUGAGCGGAAAGUCAAUUUUGACAGCCACGAAUGGCGCAUUCUACAGCGGCUCCGCCAUCACAGGAGGGGCUAUUGACCUCAAGAACGGAGCCAAGGUGGCCGCAUCAAUGUCUACGUUUGAGAAGAAUUCUGCAUCUGGAAAUGGAGGGGCCAUUUGGUCAUAUGGGGACGCGGUGCUCUCUCUGAAUGGGUCCACGUUCAUAAACAACAGUGCCACAGGGAGCCCUAGCGAUCCCAUGUUCAUCAGGUAUGAUGAGCGUUUGGCCAAAGGAGGCGCCGUUGGCGUUGAGGUCCCCCCGUACAAAAGCUCGAGGGCAUCUAUGGCGAUUCACAAUUCAAUUUUCGCCAGAAACAAGGCCAAUCAUUCAGGGGGGGCAGUGUUCAUGGGAUCAGACGACAGUGCAGAUGUCUCGUGCAACAUGUCAUCCACCGUCUUCGAAGAAAACGAGGCUCUGUUGGGCGGCGCCGUGAGGCUGUCCUUCGCGGCUGUAUUUUCUAUGACGUCCGUCCGCUUUGCCAGAAAUGAAGGGGUUGAAGGCGGUGCCCUGCACAUGGCAUGGGACCCGGCUUAUGUGCGACCGGGCAGCAUUCGCGGCACCGGUUUGGAAUUCCUUGAGAAUACGGCAAGAGUUAGUGGGGGUGCUCUGUUUGCCAUUGCUUCGUUGGGAGGAGGAGGAGGACCAUUUGCUGCUUUGUCCAGUGAACCUCUUCCGCUCGCGCUGGGAAGCACGGAAAAUAUUGCAGAGAGCGCCAUUUUUCAGGAUUCGUCGUUCGGCAGGAACAAGGCUGGUGAGGCGGGCGGAGCAGUGGCCCUGUCGGGCCCGCACGUGGGAUUCUUCAACAGCACAUUCGCCAACAACUCCGUGGGUGCCAGUGAUGGCGUUGGUGGUGCCGUUGCACUCCGAAUAGAUUCAGCGUUCAGUGGGAGGGACAUACGCAUGACAGGCAACACAGCGGCCCAUGGUGGUGGCAUCUAUGCGGAAGAUGCAUUAUUGGACUUUGUGAGAGCUGAAAUUCAUGGGAACAAUGCCUAUAGAAAUGGCGGCGGACUUCACGUGAGGUUCGGUUGGGAUUUUGCGGGGCAAGAUGCUGUCGGCAGGAUGGAGCAGUGCAUCAUCAGCAACAACAGUGCAAGAGCCGGAGGUGGGCUGUCCUUCUACGUGGAUCGCCUUGAAGAGAGCAUCGAGUUCGACUCUUUGUUUUUCUACUUCCGUGUGGCACAAUCCCAUUUCGUAGGCAACACUGCAGAUGAAACUGGCGGGGCUUUGUUUACCAAUGUCCCCAGGUCCGUUUACAUUGUUUGCGACGGAAUGGAGGACACAUUUGAGGGAGUCCUACCCAGCAGUGGUUACGAUUUGCAACAGCCAGUGCCCAACCCCAGGGCGCACCCCUGCAAAGAAACUUGGGUUGGGAACGCUGCACGGAAUCCCAGAGGAGGCAAUGUCAUGGCGACAGCUGCGGUGGCAUCGAGAGUAUGCACAAGUGGGGCUGCGGCCUGUGUGGAGACGUCAAGAGGGUGCAGGGGUGAUGUACGCACAUGCUCUGUCAAGGGGCCGCCGAUUCAUAUUGCAAAUCACACGAGUGGCCGAGUGUUGGAGUAUUUUGCGGUCGAGGUGCUCGAUUUAUUCGGGAAGCCUGCCUAUGGGCAGAUGGACCUGAUGCGCAUUGUGGUCAGGGUGGAGGACCCCGGUGCCUUCGCUUUUGGACAGCUGAUUGUUGACGCAGGAGGUGUGGCGAAUUUCACUGACGUUCGCUUCCUGGGAGGGGUGAACAGGACGUAUUCAAUGGUGUUGAACUUUGAGCCCAAGCAUCUGCCGGACAUAAAUCUUCGUGUCAGCGUCCGAGGCUGCCUUCCUGGGGAGGUUUUGGAUGUCCAGAAGGAGCACUGUGUGGAGUGUCCAGAGGGCAUGUACAGUUUCGACCCGAUGCAGGAAUGCAAGGGCUGCCCAUCGGAAGCCAAAUGCGGGCCAUCGACCAUCACACCGAAUGACGGCUACUGGCACUCAAAAUCCACGUCAGCUAAAGUGCACCAAUGCGCGUCCAAGUACGGAUGCCAAUACAAAGACCGAAGCGCGAAAUUGGAGUUUCAGGCGAGGCAGUUGCACUACGAUGGCAAGUCCAUGGGGUUCGACGACGGCCAGUACCAACAGUGCUCAGAGGGCUAUGGUGGGGUAUUGUGUGGCACAUGCACCGCCUCCCACGGCAAAAUAAGGUCUGGAGAGUGCAUCGGCUGUGGAGACAGGAAAAAGAACGUUGCCUUAGUGUGCCUGAGCGCCCUCUGGUACGCCGCCCUUGUCUUCAUCGUCGCCAAGAACGCCUUUCCCGCAGCAAGGGACCACGACACAGAUGUCGUGUCCACGCUCAAUGCAAAGGACGUCGGCAUUUUGGGAAUCGGUAGUUCGAGAGAUUUUGCCGAUACAUCCCCCGUUUCGGCAAUUAGAUCGCCUUCCGAGGCGCGCCCGCUUGAGGGGCAAUCGGCCUGCACCGGCAUCCUUAUUGCAGGAGGCAGCGGCGACGGGAGGGUUAUGGAAACGAAAGAAGGCCCAUACAAGGCCAACGGCAAGAACUACGCCAGCGAUAUUUUCAAGAUUCUUAUCAAUUUCCUUCAAGUGACGUCAAUUGCUGUGUACAUCAACAUCGACUGGACAAACAUGGUGGCCAAGACUUUAGGAGCCGCAGAUCUGCUAGCUUCUGGUAGUGACGGACUCUUCUCUCUGGAGUGCGCCUUCCCACGGGGCUCCGCCCACCGCGCCACGCUGCGCACCAUCGUCAACCUCACCAUGCCCCUGGCCACGACCUUGGCAUUCAUCCUGCUCUCGACCGUCCUUGGGUGGAUGAGGGGCAAGGAAACCGCGCACAUCGCUCAGUUCUGGCGAGCCACCAUGCUGGCGGUGUUCUACGUCUCCUACAUCGACACCACGCGAAACGCGUUGAGAGUGCUAGAUUGCGUCAGGAUUGAUGAUGACGUGGAAGUAGCCCCGGGCGUCAUUCACGGCCUGUCGGCGUAUUGGACGGAGGACACCGGUGUGGAGUGCUACAAGGGCAGUCACCUGUAUUUGACGGCAUUGCUGGCUGCACCUCUCCUGUUGUGCGUGACUUUGGGCAUGCCCAUUCUGCUUAUGGUGACGCAAAUGAGGCGCCGGAGCACCCAAGGGAGGCAUUCGUAUGGGGAGCCGUACGGGUUUCUGUACAGGUCUUACCGCGAUGGGUGCCAGUAUUGGGAGGUUGCCAUCAUGACCCGCAAGGGCUUGCUGGCGGCCCUGACAGUGUUCCGACUGUCGCUGGGGCCCAAUCUUCAGGCCUCCCUGGCCCUGGGCAUUCUGGGGAUAGCGUUUGGGGCCCAGUCCAUCAAGCGCCCUUUCGUCGAGGACGGCGCCAAUCUGAACGCGCUGGAAUGCAUGUCCCUUGCGUGCUCGGUGUUCGCCUUCUUUGCGGCCAUCAUAUUCAAUGAUCCCCACACCUCGAGGGCGGGAGCGAUCGCCACGUCCUUGCUGUUCGUGGCUUGCCUGGUGGCGGUUCUUGGGAUCUUGGUGGCUGCGUUUCUGCACGAGCUCGUGAGAGGCAUCGAGGGUGCCUUGGAUAAGAGCAACGUUCCAUUUGAUCGCAAUGCCAGUCUGGUGAAGAAGACUGCCUUGCUGUUCAGGAACCGGCGUGCCCGAUUGGCCAGGAGUAGAUGA